AUGCAACAAACUCGAUCGCCUUUGUCACCAAUUGACUCGAAUCAAAAUACUUAUAGAUCUCAAGCAUCAAAGACCUAAGAUAUAAACUAUUAGAUUCAAUUCCAAAUAUCCAAAUAGAAACUUUCGACUGUGCCAGAUUCUCGCUAAGAAAAUAAUGCUAUUUAUAUGAGUCCCAGAAAUACAAAACUCAAAACCUAAACUAUUCUCUCUCCUAAUUGCAGAUCACCCUUAACAACCAGGAAAGAAAUAAAACCCAUUCAGUCUCCUUAUAAUUUAUCCAUUCAUUCAGCUUAAUCACCGGUUAAAAUUGGAAAUAGUACUGCUCAUAAAAUAAAACAAGAACUUGACUAUUUUAAAUAAAAGAACAGUAAUCUUCAGAAACAAAUCCUUAAUUUGACAUCCGAAAUUUAGCGUGGUUAAUCCAAUACUCUGAUUAAAGAAUUACAAUAGAAAAUCCAGCUAUUGACGUAGAUGAAUGAGAAAUUAACUUAGGAGAAUAAGGAAUUGCAAUAAAGAGGAGAUAAAAGCCAUCUAAAGAAAACUAUUGAAUCUUAAUUAUAAUUAAUAAAAGAGAAUGAGAAAAAAUUGAGUGAAAUUAAGGAGAAUCAACAAAAAUAUGAAACCUCCUAACUAGAUCUAGGAAAGAACUCUACAACUGACUACAUAACUCAAUUGAUUCUUGAUCUGGAAGAAAGAGUCCAUACCUUGAUAGUUGAAAACGCUAACCUAAAUAAAGUGUUCAAUCAAAGAAUUAAAUUACAAGAAAGAUUUAACACUUUGGAACUUUAAUUGAAGUAGGCCUAGGUUUAGUUUUAAAAAGUCAAGGUUGAAGAAAAAUUAGUAAAAACGAAAUAUAAUUAAAUAAAGAAAAAAUGA